UUCCUGCAUAUGACUUUCCCCGGGAAGGCAUAUUGGCGCGGGCUGUAGCUGCUGUUGUGUUGACUUUUCCUCGCAGAGCAGCUGUCAAACAUCAAAAAAACAAAACCUCAUGGGUCCGGUAACAAACCCAGACAAGGACGUGGAGAAUCCCGAUGGAGAUGAUGAUUCCUGUGGACUGGCCAAGUCUCGUUCCAGACGAGAGAAGAGAGAGAAGGUGGGGAGGAAGUCAGCACUGGAGCAGCUGAAGAAGGCGAAGAGGGGAGAGAAGAUCAAAUAUGAGGUGGAUGAAAUCACCAGUGUGUAUGAGGAGGUGGACGAGGAGCAGUACUCCAGGAUGGUUCAGGAGCGACAGGAGGACGACUGGAUUAUUGAUGAUGAUGGAAUCGGAUAUGUGGAGGACGGGCGAGAAAUCUUUGAUGAUGAUCUGCAUGAUGACAUUGUGGAAAACAAAAAAGGGAAAGCAGGUGCUAAAGCAGCAGCCUCCAGGAAAAGUGUGAACAAACCAGCCGUCACCAAACCCAACACUAUUAAGAGCCUCUUCAUGAACAGCAAUGUUAAGAGACCAGCUGAGAAAGACGUGGAUCUGUCCAAAGACGACUUAUUAGGAGAUAUCCUGCAGGAUCUGCAUUCUGGGAAACCCUCUCUCCUGACUCCUCCCCCUGUGGUCACUCUGAAGAAAAAGAAGUCCGUGGGAUCACCCUUGAAUCCGUUUUCCAUUAAAUCUCAAACACCAAAGGAGUCACCACCAGCUGCAGCCUCAAAGGCCAGAGUGAUUCGUCCACCACCUCCUGAUGUGGGCUCCAGGCCAUCAGCUCGUCCUCCUCCCACCUCACCUCCUUCCAUGAAGAGGACAAAAGUGGAGGCACCAGAACAAAAAGAAGAAGAAGAAGAAAAAGACGUGACCGACACUCUGGCCUUUGACGGAGUGGACUUUGAUGAACCGAUGGAGGUUGGACCUGAGGAGGCUGAGCCUGCAGGUGCAGAGGAUGAAUCUAAACCAGCAGCAGCAUUGGCGACAGUGAAGGUGGAGGUCAAAGCAGAGAUUCCAGAUCCUGUUCUUCUUUGCAGCAGGAAAGGAGGCUCCUGGGGACAGGAGGACACUGUUGCUCCAGUGGAGGUGCAGGUCGACUCUAGCCAGCUCCCUCUAGUGGAAGGGGAAGGCGGGGAGCAGGUUUUCCGCUUCUAUUGGUUGGAUGCCUUUGAGGAGCAGUACAACCACGCAGGUGUGGUGUAUCUGUUUGGAAAAGUGUGGAUCGAGUCGGCACAGUCUCACGUCAGCUGCUGCGUGUCGGUCAAGAACAUUGAGAGGACCAUAUUCCUCUUACCUCGGGAGUUUAAAGUGGAUCCCAAGACAGAAGAGGUGUCAGACACUCCUGUAGAAAUGAUGGACGUUUACCAGGAGUUUAGUGAACUCUCUGAGAAGUUCAAGAUCAUGAAGUUUAAGUCUAAGAAAGUAGACAAGAACUACUGCUUUGAAAUUCCUGACAUUCCCACUAACAGCGAGUAUCUGGAAAUCCGAUAUUCUGCUGACUUUCCUGCUCUACCCUCAACCCUGAAGGGGGCAACAUUUUCUCACAUUUUUGGCACCAACACCUCCAGUCUGGAGCACUUCCUGCUUAGCAGAAAGAUCAAAGGGCCAUGCUGGCUUGACAUCAAAACGCCUCAGCGGAUUGGUCAGCCAGUGAGCUGGUGUAAAGUGGAGGCUCUGGCCCUGAGGAGUGACCUGGUCUCUGUGGUUAAAGAUCUGCCUCCUCCUCCCAUCACUGUCAUGUCCAUCGCCCUCAAGACUGUGCAGAAUCUGAAGACUCACCACAACGAGAUUGUGUCGUUGGCUGCACUUGUUCACCAUCAGUUCCACAUGGACAAAGCUCCACCCAAACCCCCCUAUCAGACCUACUUCUGUGUGGUCAGUAAACCAACAGACUGUAUUUUCCCAUAUGACUUCACAGAAGCAGUGAAGAAGAAGAACGGUAAGGUGGAGAUAGCUGGUACAGAGCGAACUCUGCUUGCAUUCUUUUUGGCCAAAAUACACAAGAUCGACCCUGAUGUCCUGGUGGGUCACGACAUCUUCGGCUUCGACCUGGAGGUGCUUCUGCAGAGGAUCACUGUGUGCAAAGUUCCCCACUGGUCCAAGAUGGGACGUUUAAGGAGAGCCAACAUGCCCAAAUUAGGGGGUCGAGGUUCAUUUGCCGAGAAAAGUGCAACCUGCGGUCGCCUGGUGUGUGACGUGGAAAUUUCGGCCAAGGAGCUGAUCCGCUGUAAAAGUUACCGCCUGACGGAGCUGGUCUCUCAGGUGCUGAAGAUGGAGAGAGCCACCGUGCCACAGGAAGAAAUCAGAAAUCUCUAUAGUGACUCUCCUCACCUGCUCUACUUGUUAGAGCUGACGUGGACAGACGCUGAACUGAUCCUCCUGAUCAUGUGUGAGUUAAAUGUGCUGCCGUUGGCUCUGCAGAUCACCAACAUCGCUGGCAACGUCUUGUCUCGAACUCUGAUGGGCGGUCGCUCUGAAAGAAAUGAGUUCCUGCUGCUUCACGCUUUCCAUGACAAAGACUACAUCGUCCCUGACAAACCCUCCUUCAAAAAGGCUCUGCUGGAGGGUGAAGGAGAAGAAGACGUGGAUGCAGGAAAAGGGAAGAGAAGGAAGAAGGCUGCCUACGCUGGAGGUCUGGUGCUGGAUCCUAAAGUUGGAUUUUAUGACAAGUUUGUGCUGCUGCUGGACUUCAACAGUCUGUAUCCAUCAAUCAUUCAGGAGUUUAACAUCUGCUUCACCACAGUGCAGAGAGAAGCCCAAAACACAAAGAAGAAACAAGAGGUAGGCGAGCCUGAGGAGAUUCCUGAUAUCCCAGAUUCCAGCCUGGAAAUGGGAAUCCUGCCAAAGGAGAUCAGGAAGCUCGUGGAGCGGCGUAAACAAGUCAAACAGCUGAUGAAGCAGCAUGACGUCAACCCAGAUCUUUACAUGCAGUAUGACAUCCGUCAGAAGGCUCUGAAGCUAACUGCUAACAGCAUGUACGGCUGUCUGGGAUUCAGCUUCAGCCGCUUCUAUGCAAAACCACUGGCAGCCCUGGUGACGCACAAGGGUCGAGAGAUUCUGAUGCACACAAAAGACAUGGUGCAGAAGAUGAAUCUGGAGGUCAUCUACGGAGAUACAGACUCUAUUAUGAUCAACACCAACAGCAGGUCUCUGGAGGAGGUCUUCAAACUCGGCAACAAGGUCAAGGCUGAAGUCAACAAACUUUACAAACUGCUUGAGAUUGACAUUGACGGAGUGUUCAAGUCCCUUCUGCUGCUGAAGAAGAAGAAAUACGCUGCUCUGAUUGUGGAGAGUCACAGUGAAGGACAGUAUACUCUCAAACAGGAGCUGAAAGGCUUGGACAUUGUCCGCAGAGAUUGGUGUGACCUGGCCAAGGAAUGUGGCAACUAUGUGAUUGGACAGAUCUUGUCAGACCAGAAUCGUGAUGUCAUUGUUGAGAACAUUCAGAAACACCUAACAGAAGUUGGGGAAAAGGUAGCCAAUGGAUCCAUUCCCCUCAACCUGUACGAGAUCAACAAGGGUCUGACAAAAGAUCCUCAGGAUUAUCCAGACAAGAAAAGCCUCCCCCACGUCCAUGUGGCUCUCUGGAUCAACUCUCAGGGAGGUCGCAGGGUCAAAGCUGGUGAUACAGUCUCCUACGUCAUCUGUAAGGAUGGUUCCACGCUUGCUGCUAGUCAGAGAGCGUACGCUCUGGAGCAGCUCCAGAAGCAGGAGGGUCUAACUCUGGAUACUCAGUAUUAUUUGGCUCAGCAGAUCCACCCUGUGGUGUCUCGCAUCUGUGACCCCAUCGAGGGCAUCGAUGGCAUGGUCAUAGCCUCGUGGCUGGGUCUGGACCCCAGCCAGUUCAAGGCUCAACAGCAGUACCAGAGAGAGGAGGAGGCCGACACCACUCUGGGGGCCUCGUUCCAGCUGACGGACGAAGAGCGCUUCAAAGACUGCGAGAGGUUCACUUUCACCUGCCCUCAGUGUGGCACCGACAACAUCUACGACAGUGUCUUUGAAGGAGCUGGCUCAAAGCUGGAGCCCAGCUUGUUGCGUUGCUGUCACGUCUCCUGUGGAAGCCACCCAAUCGACUACGUGGCCAACAUCAGCAACAAACUUGUCCUCGACAUCCGUCGGCACAUCAGGAAAUACUACUCUGGCUGGUUGGUGUGUGAGGACCAGAUGUGUCAGAACAGGACCAGACGUUUGCCCAUUGCCUUCUCCCGCCAUGGACCCAUCUGCCCCGUCUGCACCAGGGCAACUCUCCGACCUGAGUACUCUGAAAAGGCCCUGUACAACCAGUUGUGCUUCUACAAAUUCAUCUUCGACUGGGACAUCGCUGCUGCCAAAGUGCAAACUGCUGAAGAAAAAAAUCAUGUGGCCGGAUGGCACAGAGAGAAGGAAGUGUACCGCAGGCUGAAGGAAGUCCCCGACAAAGUCCUGGCCAACAGUGGCUACUCUGAGAUCAAUCUGUCGAAACUCUUCCAGGCGUUCGCCGCCCUCAAGUAAAAGAUCACACACACUCACCUUACCUCAGCCGGAAGGAGCCUCUGGUUUUAGACUUAACUCUGAACAUAAACUGGACAAACGACGAAAAAGACAAUUUCCUCUGUUUUUGGAUUGGAUUGGGACAGUGACGAUGAUGUGAGGCUCUGACCUUCCAUGUGUCUGACCUGAUCCUAACGGGCUUUUUGUAUGGCUGAAAAUCGAAUCACACACUUUCCUUUCAGCUGUUUCUUCACACGGACACACACUCCGACUCACACACACGGACACACAUCUGGCUUGACCCCAUCACACUGCCUCUGUAUGGAAAAGGGGAGUAGCAAUCAUACUUAAAUGACGGUCUAUUGUGUGUGUGGGGAGACUGGCUGUGGUGUGUGUGUGUGUGUGCGUGUGCAUGCCUUUAAAAAUGACUUAUUCUCAGAGCAGCCUUCAUACUCCAAAAGCUGCUAAUUAGCCAAUGAUAGUGACUCUGGUCACUAGGACCACUGGACGCCUGCAGCAGUCGGGCACUUAUUCUGAUUACCACCAUUCAUACCAAGUAUGUGUGUGUGUGAGUGUGAGAGGAUGAAAGGCAGAAAAAAGGAGGAUGCAGACAGUAGGAGGCCACACGAGCUGCUCCCUUUUGUCUCCGUAUCGAACAACUCAUCUUCGUCUCCUUUGCCAUCUCUGUUUAACUGAUGUCAUUUCAUCCGUUUCCUCUGCCCCUCCUCCUCCACUGUUCAGUGUGUGUUUUUUAAUGUGUGUAAUUCUCUUUGUGUUUGAAAUGGUUUAUGUAAUGUUUUUUUGUAAUCACUAGAAAUGUUCAUGUUAUUUUGAUAUUGAUGAGAAUCUUUGAUACUGAAAUAAAAAGCUAAGUAAA